AUGCGCUAUAUCAGUUCGCCAUCCGUCGAAGAGCUCGUGCAAACUGGUUCAUCGCUGGAUAAUUACGUCUUGUCGGAUACCCUUCUUACCUUGCCCGACCCUGAAGCACCAGAGUAUUCUGUCCCAUACAUCCAUGCCUUCAGUGGUGUAAGGUCUCGCGAAACAUAUUGGCUAACUUCAGCGAAGAAAGCAGACGUUCUUAUACUGGGCAGGGGGCCGUUUAGCGCACCGCCCUCGAUGUACACAGGGAACUGGUCAUUGCUUUUAGAUUUUCCGUCUCACGUGGGGAGUUAUCAUGCGAAGAUCCCUUCAUUUGCUGCAUCAAUACCGAACCCCCUUCAGAUUGUGGAUGCUGCAGUACAUGCCACUCUCUCGGUGUUUCUCCCUGAGAUCAAGCAGACGCUAGGCGCUCUCCGUGUUAAUGGUUGCUUCAACAGGAAAAAGAAAGUCAUCUGGUUGGUCAACCAGCCGCGGUUUCCUGGGGACGGCCGCGGUCAGAAAAUCCCUCUCCUUCGUACAUAUUUCCUCCCCAAUGGACAGGAUGAGCCAUCGCCGGGCGACUUGAAAGCAGUUCUCCUUCGCCUUGUUGCAUUAUCGACCAAUGAGCGCUUAGAUGAUCCCUGGACACUAUACUACAACGUUCAAGUUUACUUGCAAGAUCGUCUCCUUCGUCAAGUUCUGCCACGCUUCGGAGUUCACCUCUUGCAAAUUGAGAGUUUUGUUGAAGCUGGUUCGAACGUCGCUGGACCUCAGCUACAAUAUCGACGUUCACACACAUAA